AUGGUAAGAUUUCGAACUUUGUGUAGGAAAGUGAACCUAUUCUGGCAGCAUUAUGGAGGAGGUAUUAUAAAGAAGGAACAAGAUGUUGAGGUCAGUUUGACUCAGACAAGGGAAGGCUUAAAUAGUGAGAAUUUGGUUGAUCUUGCAGGCAGUGAAAGAGCUGCUCAAACAGGUGCUGAAGGUGUGCGACUCAAGGAAGGCCGUAAUAUAAAUCGUAGCUUAUUUAUUUUGGGACAAGUGAUCAAGAAACUUAGUGAUGGACAAGUUGGUGGUUUCAUAAAUUAUCGAGAUAGCAAAUUAACACGAAUUCUCCAGAAUUCCUUGGGAGGAAAUGCAAAAACACGCAUUAUCUGCACAAUUACUCCAGUGUCUUUGGAUGAAACCCUGACUACUCUCCAGUUUGCCAGCACUGCUAAAUAUAUGAAGAAUACUCCUUAUGUCAAUGAGGUGUCUAGUGAUGAAGCUCUCCUGAAAAGAUAUAGAAAAGAAAUAAUGGAUCUUAAAAAACAAUUAGAGGAGGUUUCUUUAGAGACUCGGGCCCAGGCAAUGGAAAAAGACCAAUUGGCCCAACUUUUGGAAGAAAAAGAUUUGCUUCAAAAAGUGCAGAUUGAGAAAAUUCAAAACUUAACACGAAUGCUAGUGACCUCUUCUUCCCUCACAUCACAACAGGAAUUAAAGGCUAAAAAAAAACGAAGAGUCACUUGGUGUGUUGGCAAAAUUAACAAAAUGAAGGAUUCAAACUAUGUAAAUGAGUUUAAUGUACCAGAGAAUGUAACAACAAAGACACAUAAGUCUGCUCUAACUUUAGGAGGAGAAACUGAUGAAUCUCUCUAUUCAGAGUCUGAUGUUUUCAGUAAUACUCUUGAUACAUUAACUGAGACAGAGUGGAAUCCAGCAACAAAACUACUAAGUCAGGAAAACUUAGAAAGUGAGUUGAAUUCACUUCGUGCUAACUAUGAUAGUCUGGUACUAGACUAUGAACAACUAAGAAGAGAAAAUGAAGAAAUGGAAUCGAAAUUAAAAGAAAAGAAUGAUUUGCAUGAAUUUGAGGCUCUAGAAAGAAAAGCGGAAAAAGAUCAAGAG